GUGUGUGGGCGGGGCUCUGGCUCCACCCGGCCCCAGGCAUUGGUGUGCGCGGCCCGGAGGAUCGCCUGAGCCGCUUCCCGGGAUCCUUGACGGCGCUUGUCCUGGGGCGCAGAUGGAGGGAGCCACAGUUCGGCUGCUGCGCGGUGGCGCGCUGCUAAGAAGAAACUUCCCAAUUUGCCCAUCUUCCUGGAAAAAUCCUCCUCAUGUCCUAAAAUCUUCCCAGUCAGAAGCUGGACUAAAAACAACAAAUAAGGGCCCACCCUCUGCCCCUCUGCAGACGUUGACAGAUGAGGAGAUGAUGAUGAAGAGCACAGUUAAAAAAUUUGCCCAGGAACAAAUUGCUCCUUUGGUUUCAAAAAUGGAUGAAAAUUCAAAAAUGGAAACAUCAGUAAUACGAGGAUUAUUUCAACAAGGGUUGAUGGGUAUUGAAAUUGACACAACAUAUGGAGGAACAGGAGCUUCAUUUUUUUCCUCUAUCCUAGUGAUAGAGGAAUUAGCCAAAGUCGAUGCCUCUGUGGCUCUGGUAUGUGACAUCCAGAACACAAUAAUUAACAGGCUGAUUGGAAAGUACGGAACAGAAGCCCAGAAGGCUCUCUACUUGCCCAGGCUAGCGACGGAGCAAAUGGGAAGUUUCUGCCUUUCAGAGGCUGGAGCAGGUAGUGAUUCAUUUGCUUUGAAGACCAAAGCUGAUAAAAGGGGAAAUUAUUAUGUCAUCAACGGGUCAAAGAUGUGGAUUAGCAACGCCAAAGAUGCCGGGCUCUUCGUGGUGAUGGCAAAUGUAGACCUUACUCUUGGGUAUAAAGGAAUUACCUGCUUCUUGGUAGAUCGUGAUACUGAGGGCCUUCAUAUAGGGAAACCAGAGAACAAAAUGGGAAUCAGAGCUUCUUCUACCUGCCCGUUAACGUUUGAAAAUGUCAAGGUUCCAGAAGCCAAUAUCCUGGGACAAGUUGGACAUGGCUAUAAGUACGCCAUUGGGGGUCUUAAUGAAAGUAGAAUAGGAAUUGCUGCACAGAUGCUGGGACUGGCUCAAGGAUGUUUUGACUACACUAUUCCAUAUAUUAAAGAAAGGGAACAAUUUGGCAAAAGAAUAUUUGAUUUUCAGGGGCUCCAACACCAAGUGGCUCACAUGGCCACCCAGCUAGAAGCUGCAAGAUUACUCACGUACAAUGCUGCAAGGCUUUUAGAAGCUGGAAGACCAUUCAUUAAAGAAUCAUCUAUGGCCAAGUACUAUGCAUCAGAGAUCGCGGGCCUCAUAACUGGCAAAUGUAUCGAGUGGAUGGGAGGAGUAGGCUACACCAAAAAUUACCCUGUGGAAAAAUACUUCCGAGAUGCGAAGAUUGGUACAAUAUAUGAAGGAACUUCAAAUAUCCAGCUGAACACCAUUGCAAAGUGCAUAGAUUCAGAAUACUGACAGCCAUGGGAGUGGGACCCCUCCCUGGUGUCACUGGUAAAAUUUUAAACUAUUGUGCCUUGUUGGGGGCUGCACUGAAUGGUUUUAUUUAGGCCCUUCACCUUGGAUCUGGAGGCAGACCUCUCCUGUCUCCUCGUUCCAAUCUGCUUAACUUAGGCACAGAAAAUCAUUUUUAAAUUUUGGGAAGAAAUGCAUCCAUAUUUUCUCCAAAACUAUUUUUUAAACUAUAUGCAUUAUCAUUUUAGCUUCUGGGUAUACAGAAUUUCACUCUAUUAGAAUUUGGAAAAAUGAAGACAAUAUAAGUAUUUUUUGCAGACAUGAGUAUUUUAUAUCCCUGUCAUUGUGCAUCAGUCAGAGAGACGUUUGUGAUAGUUGGCAAUUCUAUAGAAGAAAUAGAUUCAAUUCUAAGUUGCUAAACUAGGUAGCAACUGAUAAAAAUUUAUUUAGAAAAAUCUAAAAGUUUUAGUUCUGAAUAUCUGAAAAUGAGUGGAAAAUGAGGGUGUAACUCUGUAGUUUAUAUAAUCAAAGAAAGCAUUUCAACAAAGGAAAGCAAUAUAAUUUGUUACUAUAAUUGGCCAGUAUGGAAGGUGCAUUUCAUUAUGGUUUCAGUAGAUCAUUUUAAAAACAAGUCUCUACGUUAGUUUUCAAGUAUGAAAGUUAAGUAAUUUGGUUUAAUAAUUAGAAUAUACUCGAUAUUGUAAUAUUCAUUUUUUUCUGUCUUUAAAUUGAAUACUGUUUUCUCAAACUUAGUUAUUGAGCUUUAUCAUGAAAGUAAUUCAGAAAUUAUAUUUUGGUUCAGUGAUUCUCAAGAGGAGAUGUCUUGUCCCCAUAAAGAAGUGUAUUAAAAUCUUGUAAGGAAUGAGGGAUGGAAGGGAGCUGUAGAGUUUGAAAAGCAUAUUUGGUAAUAUAAAAAAUGAUAUUUCUGGGAAGGCAAAAAUAAAUCUGUUGUUUUACAGACAAAUUAUGGAAAAGCAAAGCUCAACAUAAUAUACGGCUGGUGAUGCCAUUUCUUCAGUAUCAGGGAUUCUCAGUCAGAGAGACCUUGUAGGGUACAGGUCCUCAGUCCCCUCGGGAGGGAGGAGGACAGUGAAGGGUGAGUGUUUUAUAUUUUCUGGAAGGGGGCAUGGGUUAGAGAUGUUGGAAAAUGUUUCGAGGCUCAUACAGUUGCUUAAAGUAAUCACUGCUGUCAAAAGGGAAGCGCUUUAGUACUUUAAUGAAAGGAUAAUGUUUAUUAAGAAAACUUGACAUUUUCAAAGUAAUUUUGCUUUACGCAUUCAUGUUCAUUGAAUUGGGUUAAUUUCUAAAAUGGAUACCGUAGUUAAAUAUUCAGAAUUGUGUAAAUACAGUUGAGAUAGGAAUUACAUUAAAAUAUUAGGAAGAAAUAUGGACAAAUUUAGACCUUAGAUCGAAAGAGAGAAAGUCUACUUGAUUUUCGGAUAGGGCUGAUGGAAGCCAGUCAUUCAUUGUUUUAGAAGAAACAGACAGUAACUCUGAUAAGGAAAGUAGGGGAUGGAGGAAAUGCCCUAAAGGGAGGCUUGGAUAUCUUUAAUUUCUGUGAUUAUGUGAGAGAGGUGGACUUUUCAGAUAACGGAAUAGAAGCCAACGUUAGUAAAAAAGAAUCCCAGCUUCCUCCUGUGGAGUUACAAACACGUGAAACUACAAUAAGCCUCUUUCAGAUUAGCAGCAUGAGAGAGGCUCCCGUGUACAUCUAGACUUGAAUUUAUAGUUCAUAUUGAUACAGUUCUAAUUGUGUGUAGAUUUUUUGUGCAGGUUCACAAAUAACAGUUGACAUUUAAUUAUGUAUUGUAAUUAAUAUCUGUACCUGCCUUCUUCUAUUAGUGAAUUGUGUUCUUGUACCGUUUGCCAAAGAGGAUGUUGUGAGUUUUCCCCAUAGUUCUUCCAUUAUAGCUUUUCUUAAUAACCAUGACUUUGGGGGUCUUGAGUUUGUGUCUAGUGGAGGACAAGCUUGUUUACCUCCUGAAACCUGUCAUUACUGUUUGUUAAUUUGAGGACAGGGCUGUCAUGGGGCUCCGACGGAAGAGACUUGAACACAAGCAACAAGUCAUAUUUGUGUGGCAGAGCUGGACCCAACCCAACUGCCAAGUUAGCAUUUGUUAGACAUUUCACUUUACAACGCAAAAAUGAAUUGGCGUCAGAGAGUUUAGAAUUGCGGAAAGCCAAAUCUAGAAAGAGUUUAGAGAACCACCCAGCCAGCUCUCUCAUUUAAGAGUGAAGGGUUCA